CACUAAUAUUAGUAUUCAAAGUUGUUUCGUAGGGAGAACGAUUAUUUAUAUGACAACGGCCUUCCUAACACGACGCUCUUGAGAAUAUUCUCCUUGGCUUAUUCGCUUUGCUCCUUUAAUAAUUCCGUCAAUUAUCAUCCACUAUGUAUAGGAUGCUCUGGCUAGUUUCCUAGCAUUAAUACUACGUUGAUAUGCGUAUAAUUAAUUGCUGGAUACUCGUAGUGUUGUUCUGUCUGUCUCGAUUUGUCUAUACAGCCGACACCGUGGCAUACCAAGAACGCCUCGACUCUUCACCAUGACUAUAUACCCUGUGUUUUGAACCCCACAAUCUGCCACCCAGCUAAAUCCCGCCAAUCAUCAAAUUAUUGCGGUUAAGACUGCGUAUAGUUAAAGGACAUCUUCUCGGUCUUGUGCUGGACCGAGAUGGUCUAGAGGAGUUUACCCUCUCUGUAUUUUUGAAAGAGGGGAGCGCACUUUGUGUAUAUAUAUAAGGUAUGCCUGUGUAGGUAGGUAUCUACGUCGAUGAUAAUCCAUAGAUCUACUGCGUAGUUAAGGUUGACGAUCUCCCGCGCCUGCAUUAGAGCCUUUUUGUUACUAGGUUUUGGUGCACAGCCGUAGAUAAACACCAUGCUGUUACAUCUCCUUUCCUUUUCUGUGUUGACUUUUGCUUCCUCAGUAUUUGCCGCAUUUGGCUUCACCCAGUCCGGCGGCAACUAUGUCAUCGACGCCGGCUCCAGCAAUGCGUUAGUCUUCACCGUCAAAGGAAGUAGCUGUGAUAUCACCUCGAUCAAAUACCGUGGCACGGAGCUCCAGGAUUCUUCUGGUAGCACCCAGUUGUCGUCUGGCCUUGGUUCGGCAACCGUCAAGGUCGAGUCAGUCACAGCCAGUUCCGUCAAUCAUGUCAAAGUGACCUGCACAACUUCGACUUUGACUCAUUACAUGGUGGUUAAGGAAGGGGAAAGCAACAUCUAUCUCGCUACCUACAUCAAGGAGGAACCUUCGGUCGGAGAACUGCGCUUCAUUGCACGACUGAAGUCAUCCGUACUUCCCGAAGAGUAUCCCUAUGGCAAGGUGUCGACCACCUCCGGCAGCUCGGCUACCGUAGAGGGUUCUGAUGUCUUCGUCGUUGACGGGGAGACUCGGUCUAAAUUCUAUUCGAGCACCCGGUUCAUCGAUAAAGAUGCGCAGUGCGUAUAUGGAGGUUCCGAUGUCAUUCAUGUAUGUGUCUUGGCGCCGCACCCCGAAUCUUCCUCUGGUGGACCAUUCUUCCGCGAUAUCGAAAGCAACAAUGCUGGCUCCGCCACUAAUCUCUACUGGUACAUGAACAGCGGCCAUGUCCAGACUGAGGCUUGGCGAACCAACGUGCUUCACGGACCUUACAUCUUGACCUUCUCACGAUCAGGCGUGCCCAAGCUACGCGACGCCGACACGUCCUUCUUCUCGGGGUUGAGCAUCACCGGUUACGUGGCCGAGUCUGGACGUGGCCACGUCUCCGGUACUGCCUCUGGGAUUUCGAGCAGUUUCCAAAUCGUCGUCCAUUGGUAUAACGCACAGGCUCAAUACUGGACCACCGCAUCGUCCAACGGUGCUUUUACGUCACCCGCGAUGAAGCCUGGCACCUAUACCAUGGUUCUAUAUCAAGGCGAGUAUAAGGUCGCUACUGCGACUGGAAUUUCCGUCAGCGCCGGCAAGACAACAUCCAAGGACAUUGCUAGUACCGAAAGGUCGCGAAACUCGUUAUGGAAAAUUGGAGAAUACGACGGCCAGCCCACCGGGUUUCUUAACGCGGACAAGUUCCUCCGAAUGCACCCCUCCGACUCUCGCAUGGCCGCCUGGAAUCCUGUCACCUACACCGUCGGUUCUUCGUCCUUAGGCCAGUUCCCCAUGGCUCUAUUCCAGACGGUCAACAACCCAGUGACUAUCAAGUUUACUCUGGCUUCCGCCCCCGGCGCUGCUACCCUCCGAAUUGCAACCACCCUGUCGUUCAGCGGAGCCCGCCCACAAGCCAAGGUUAACUCCUGGACCGCAACAGCCCCUUCCGCUCCUACUAAAAUCGAUAGUCGUGGUGUGACUCGUGGGGCAUACCGUGGCUAUGGUGAAGUCUACGACGUGAGCAUCCCUUCCGGGACUCUCGUGGCCGGUGCGAAUACCAUCACGAUCACAUCUAUAUCAGGAAGCGGCGGCACCACUUUCUUAAACCCAAAUUUCAUUUUCGAUGCAGUUGAGCUCUUCACAUGAUACUAGCUUUCCAGGGGUAUAUGUAACUAAUUCCUUAAAGAACUUGUUUAUUAUAGUAUUAUUUGUCUGGAGACAUUAAGAGCGUACCUAGACGUACGCUCCACGUUUCCGCCCCCCUUACGUACCUAUGUAGUUCUUUACUGUAUAGGUACUGCCAAUGUUCAUACUAUCAUGUGGGCCAGAUUGAUUGAAAUAAUCAGAUACAGGUAGUCGUCCGUGUUGUAUACCUACAUAGGUAUGGUUGUUACCCUCUUAGUUAUCUAGGUGAGUACCUAAUAGGCAGCUUCUUGAAGAAUAUACCUAUAGGAAGGACUGAGUUAGGAUGAAUUGCAUAAGAGGCAGGCCUAUAUAGACAGA